AACUUUUUUUGACAUAUAAUACCAAUAAUAUGAAAAGUUUAAUUUUAUUUUCUUGUCCAAGUAUUUUUUAAACAAAAUUACUUCAAAAAUCCCAAAAAACAUUUAAAUUAGACAUAGACAGCCUAUGAAGGUUUGGGCAUUCUCUACUCUUCCAAAAUGACAUCAAGAAAUCUUACAGAAGUUUUCGUUAUAAUGCGUAAUAACGCAUCAAAAAAUCGGAAUUUAUAUUCUGAUGACAGGCGAGGCAGUGAUGCAGAAAAGCUCCUCAAAAGAUCGUUGCAUGACGCCGAGGAAGGAAUGGAAAUGCGAGAUGAAUACGGAUCACCACCGAUCUGGGUCGAUAAACUCGAGGAGGCGCAAUACUCCAUGUCGAAGAUCAAACCCAAACUUGAUGAGCUCGGAUCGCUUCAUGCGCGGCAUCUUCUCCGUCCUGCAUUCGAUGAGAAUUGCGAGGAAGAGCAACAAAUCGAAAUACUAUCGCAGGAGAUCUCGAAGCUCAUCACAUCCACCCACAGACACAUUCAAUGUAUACGAUCGAGUCUGGGUGUCGGCAAUAGGACUGAGCAACGUCUGACUACCAAUGUUGUGACUUACCUUCUGCUGUCUUUGCAGGAACUCACUUUCAAGUUCCGCAAUAGCCAGAGUGCCUACGUCAGGCAGUUAAAUUCGCGAGAAGAACGCUCUCAAAAGUACUUCGAGACACCCGACUUCACGACCAUUGACUUAGAUAACAAGAGCCAGAAUACAUUUGUCGAUUCAUUCGAUAACUUCCUUCAGCCUGCUGCUUCAACAUCCAAUACUUCUACGACGUUCUAUGAGGAAACUGACGAUCAAAUUGAUGAACAUUUCCAACGACCAGUUACCAACCGAAUGACCCAACAGCAACUUCUGCUGUUCGAGGAGGAAAAUUCAAAACUAGCCGAGCACCGUGAGCAGGAAGUCUCGAAAAUCGUCAAGUCCAUCUUUGACCUAAAUGAUAUCUUUAAGGACUUGUCUCAUAUGGUGCAAGAACAAGGCACUGUACUCGAUCGCAUCGACUACAACGUCGAACAGACUCACACCAGAGUCUCCGAAGGUCUCAAACAACUCCAUCGAGCAGAGAUGUAUCAGCGAAAGAAUAGGAAAAUGUGUUGUAUCAUGCUGCUGGCAGGUGUCACCCUUUUCAUGUUGAUUCUUUUAAUAUUCACAAAAUUUUAAAAACUUCCCACAUUGUUUACAUAUUCCAAAUUCAUAUUUAUUUAAGCUUUAGUUUAAUAAAAAUAACCACAAAAAUCUUUA